AUGUCCACAUCACGACAAUUUCGCCUCAGUGAUGGCUAUUGCAAACGAAACCUCAGCCACGUCCAGCCGUCGCCGACGACCAACCUUGGCGUGUGCAACCGCGAAGUCCCCUGCAACCAAUGCGUCCGCUCCAAGUCCGAGUACUGCGUCUACAUACAGAUCGACGACGACGAAUGCUCUGUGCAACGUCAUUUGAAGCGCAAACGGACCAAUUCUGAACAUGUCCACCAAUUCUCAAGGCGAGAGAAGGAGGACUCGCAUACCUACUGUGAAGAUGUGCCGUCAUCCGAAGGCGUGAGCCCAGUCUUUCGAACCGGCUUUGAACCCCCAAGACCCGACUCAGUAGUAUCAACACCUACCGAGAUCACGCAUAAGGGUAUUUGCUCAAAUGGCAGCUCAUCAAGUGAGGACGGCUCAGGAGUUCUUCCGAUCCGCGGCAUAUUUUUGGAUUCUCGCUUCUUUGGACCAAGCCACUGGAUAAACAGCGCUGUUCACGUAAGCGAAAGCCGUGCCCAAGAGUCAACGCACACAUUACUGACCCAUGGUGUGGAACAGUUUCGUAAAGUUCAUACAUUACAACGUGCUGUCGAGAAAGAGCCCGGAGGAAAUCUGUACAGGCAAUGCAGGGAACUGGCGGAAACAAGACGAUCACAAAAUUCGAUCCCGCAACUGCUGGUCACCAACCUGAAAGAUCUGAUUCCUCCUCAAGCCAUCACCGAUCAACUUAUUGAAGCAUAUUUGCGGACGUUCGAGUCAGUGUUACGCGUGUUACACGUUCCAUUGUUUCUUCACGAUUGCCAAGGUUUCUGGGAGAGACCACUGGCCUCCUCGGAGGACUUCCAGCUUCAAUUACUCCUAGUGAUAUCGAUUGGGGCGUUAUUCUCGCCGAAGCUGAGAGACAGCUGUAACGACUCGAGUCUGGCAGUACUGAACGAGCAGGUGGAUGUUGAAAAGGCAGCACCACAGUUUGACUCACGCAACUACAUCCCAACUACCUCUCCUGGUUCGCGGGUACCGCACGUGGCUUUGUCGGACGGCAGCGCCAUUUCCGAUGGAUUCGGGAAAGGCUUCACCAUGGUCGCGUUUCUGCAGAAAGAAGCAGUAGCAGCCGGAGACCAAUUUCAGGUGCCCAUCGCACUGGCCAGUUUUGAAGAAGCAGCACGCCAGCACAGUAUUCCUUUAAAGAGCCUUUGUUUGAUGAAUGAGACUCAUGCGUUCCGAAUUUGGGAUGCUUGUCUUGUCCUGGUGCGGCCUGAUGGAUUUUCAGCGUGGCGCUCAGAUAGUCUGGACAAGGUGCACAAUGCAUCACAAGUGUUGCUUCAAGCAACAGGUCAUACCUCGCCUUUGUAA